AUGAGUACUACUUCUGAUGAAGGUGGAAGUUAUACAAAGAAAUAUAAAGGCAUUCGACGUCGAAAAUGGGGCAAAUGGGUGUCGGAAAUUCGAGUUCCCGGAACGCAAGAACGUCUUUGGUUAGGCUCUUAUUCAACGCCUGAAGCCGCAGCAAUAGCACACGAUGUUGCAUUUUAUUGUCUACGAGGAAUUUCAUCAGUGGAGAAACUCAACUUCCCUUUAAUGCUACCUGCAAGUGCCCGGACAGGAUGGUCACCCAGGUCAGUGCAAAAUGCGGCCUCCGAUGCUGGCAUGGCCAUGGACGCUCAAUUAUUUUCGAAGAACAACACGAAUAAACAGGAGAAUGGGAAGGAGGAGGAUAUGAAUUUGUUGCAAAAUGAGUAUUGGGAAACAUCAUGGGAGGGGAGUAGUAAGUCCAAUGAAGGUGAAGCUUUGAGCAUUUCAGUUGAAGAUUAUCUACAGGUAAAAGUUUACAAAUAUAAACGGCAUUAG